CUUUAAAAUAGGCUCGGGGGAAUAUCCAAGAGAUUGCAACACUUCUAACCGAGAGAGAGAGAGAGAGAGAGAAGAGAGAGAGAGAGAUGGGGAGGGCUCCCUGUUGUGACAAGGCAAAUGUUAAGAAGGGGCCAUGGUCACCAGAAGAAGAUUCAAAGCUUAAAGAAUACAUAGAGAAAUAUGGAACUGGUGGGAAUUGGAUUGCGUUCCCGCAGAAAGCUGGUCUGAAGCGAUGUGGGAAAAGUUGCAGGUUGAGAUGGCUUAACUAUCUCAGGCCUAACAUUAAGCAUGGUGAGUUUUCUGACGAGGAAGACAGAACAAUCUGCACCCUUUUUGCUAACAUUGGAAGCAGGUGGUCGAUAAUUGCCGCUCAGUUGCCAGGUAGGACUGACAAUGACAUCAAGAAUUACUGGAACACGAAGCUGAAGAAGAAGCUCAUGGGGAUGCAUCUUCCUCCUCAGAGAAAACUUGCUCCAUUCGCGUCCUCUUCCCAAAUCCCACCAUUUCAAUCUCAACCACUGUCAUCCUCUCUAUACGAAGAAUGCAGCUCUUAUUAUAAAUCUUUCUCAGGCCUCGAAGCCAUUUCAUUCCCAUCAAAUUACUUAAGCAGCUCCACUUCUUUGGCCACCAAUCCUUCUAUUUUCCAAACCCAUGAGAGCUGCGUGAGUUCCAUGCCGUAUUAUCCUGUGAAUGAGAACGUCCUCAUGUUUGGAAGUGAAGGAAGCUGCCGCAGUUCAGACGAUGGGAGUUGUACUCAGAUCAGCUAUGGCAGAGACAUUAAACAAGAAGGAAUGGCUUUCCAGAGCUAUGUCUCAAACGGGUUAGAAGAAAACCCCAUGUCCAUGCUUAAUUAUGACAGCAAUAGAGUUGAAAAUCUAAAACAAUGGGCUGAAAAAGCAAACGCGUAUUUUGGAGAAAUCCCAUUACAAUAUGAUCUUGAUCAUGAUGUUAAGCAGCUGAUUAGAAGUAGUAAUAGUGGCUCUAACAGCUUUCUUCAAUAUUGAUGAAAGCAACACACCAGAGGGCACGUACUUCUACCGAAAAACGGACUGUCGGACUUUAAAGUAAGGAAAAAUCAGAAAGAUUUGAUGGGGUAAGGCCGUAGCCGUAGGGCAUGGUGGGAUUCAGAUAAGACUUGGAGUUUCUGGGGGUCUGUGUUUCAAUGAAAUGAAACGUUUCUUUCUUUUCUUUGUUUUUUAGACAGUACAUGGUAAAGCUUCUUUUUUAUUUUGUGCAUUUCUUUUGGAAAGGGUAAUGAUGAUUUUUAUUUUUAUUUUUUGCCUUUGUACUGCUGCACUGCCUAC